ACAUCACAACAGUCACUCGCUGGCGGCAGUCCACCACGGAAUACCUGAAGCAAAAUGGCGCUACGUUACGUGGUGGCGGUGUUGGCAGCGUUGACUGUGGCCCUCACCUCUGAGGCCUCUAAGUGUGUUAAUCUGAGUCCUUACCCCUAUGAGAAAGAGGUGCGUGAGACUGAUCUGCCGUGCCCUGAUAAAGAUCAAAUUAUGCCCUGCACCUGCCACACAGACACCCUGGGACUCAUGACCAUGGACUGCAGCCUCAUCCACAGCAACGAUGAAUUGCAGCGAAUCUUCAGCUUCGAAUUUCCUUUCAAGCAUUUUUACAAACUAAUAAUUGACCACGAUCCCAAUGACGCAGAAAAUAUACUGACGGAGAUACACUCAGACACGUUCAAAAAGCUUACCUUCCAGAGGGUGGUCAUCAGAGGCACACAGCUCCAAACAAUUGACGAAAAUGUAUUCCAUGAUUCUCAUGACACGCUCAAUUUAUUCGAUUUGCGGAACAACAAGCUCAGCAAAUUCCCCUUCGAGACCCUCUUCCUGUACAGCAGACUCGAGACUCUGCUUCUAGACAACAACAACUUCGGAGCCCUGGAGAAGUUCGGAUCCACGUCAUUGCGUAUCCUCAGUAUAGGCUACAACAGUAACCUUAAGUUCACAAAUGACGUGCUCGAAGAAUUGCCAUGUAUUGUGACCCUCAACAUGGAUAGUAUAGGCCUCAAAUACAUUCCACAGCACAUGUUUGCGAACCUCACUCAGGUGUACAGCAUCAGCUUCAACAACAAUGAUCUCACAGUGCUGAGGGAGUUCUCCAUCAAUCCACUCCUGCCAACUGUGGGUCGUCUGGUUCUUGGAAAUAACAGGCUCAGUGACUUUGAUCAAAAUUCCAUCACAGGUCUGAAGGAUAACGCGAUCGUCGACCUCACCAACAACAGAAUCACCGAGAUGCCUGAAGAGUUAUGCAAGCCAUUCUUUGAGCAAGUAAUUAACGGCAUGGUGGACCUGACAGGCAACGACUUGACAUGCGGCUGCGACAUGAGCUGGCUGUAUCUCAACACAACCACCGUUGACCCCACGCAGCGCUACCUGCCCAUCAUCACGAAACAUACCACCUGCUUUGACGGGACGCAAGUCAUCUACCUGGAUGUGCACGUCUUUGAGAAACACUGCAAUGAAAUGUCGCGGCACAUCUCGCUCUUGGAUCUAGAAAACUACUAAUGCUACCAUCAAUAAACUGUCUUUCGCCUUCAUGAGGUGCUCCUUCGUUUCUUUAAAUAAACUGUCAUCUUGUCGAGGUCUCGCUGAGGUGGUUUUGUUAAUAGUUUUUCUCGCGUGAAUGUGCAAAUUAUUCUUUGAGUUGAUUUUAUGAUUGUUUUUUUUUUUCUCUCUCUAUCUUCCUGCUACUAUUGUAGACAAUCUCUCUCUCUCUCUCUCUCUCUCUCUCUCUCUCUCUCUCUCUCUCUCUCUCUCUCUCUCUCUCUCUCGGCAGUAGGAGAACCGUCAACCGUCAGGAAUAAUGAAUAUUAAAAAUACAAAAGUGCAAAUAAAUGAAGAUGAAUAAACACAAAAUAAAUAGAUAAAUAAUGAUAAAUAUCAGUACUGUAAAGAAAUGUUCCCCCGACAAACCAGCAAUGAAAUUAAAACUUUGUAUCGAGAGGAGUAAUAAAGUUUGUCAUUGUGUG